CAGAGAGCCAAGAGACAGAGAAGAGGAGAGACGUGGAGUGCCAAGCUCCUCUACCGGCUCCAGGCGCUGUUGUUGUUGUUGUUUCGGGGUCAAGAUGAGCAGCCCCUGCCUGCUGCGCGCCACCCCUUUAAGCCAACCCCGGCUCAGAGAGGUCAACAUCAGCCUGAAGGCCAGCAGCAGGGAGACCCCCGCCCCCCGGACCAGCAGCACUGGGGGCACUAAGGAGGCUGCCAGCCGGCCCUACACCCUAAUGGAGAAGGAGCCCCCUGUCCGGGUCGGCAUGAGCAUCAGCCGGAGCAGGAGCACCCCCCCGGUCCACCGGGCCCAGAGAGCUGAGAGCAGGAAGACCUCCAGGGGGGGCAGCAGCAUCAGCAGGAAGCAGCAGGACCCCGAGCCCAACAAACUGGAGAGGAACGGCACAGUCCUGCAUGUCCCGCUCCCCGUGGCUCCAGCGGGACCCCCCACCUUCUCCUCGUCCUCUUCCUCAUCCUCUUCCUGCACCCCCAGACGUCAGCGGGCCUCUCACCCCCACCACCCCCCCGCCCUCUUCUCAUCCUCCUCGGCUAAAAGUAUGAAGCGGGCGCGCCGGCUGAGUUACAGCACCUCCAACAUCUGCUUCAACUCCAUCCUGGAUGGUCGCUUCAGGCAGCUGCAAGAUGAGCGCGAGGCGGUUCAGAAGAAGACCUUCACUAAAUGGGUCAACUCCAUCCUGUCCCGGGUCGGCUGUCGAAUCUCUGACCUCUACCUGGACCUGCGAGACGGACGCAUGCUCAUCAAACUGCUGGAGGUGUUGUCCGGGGAACGGCUGCCAAAACCCACUAAGGGCCGGAUGCGUAUCCACUGCCUGGAGAACGUGGACAAGGCUCUGCAGUUCCUCAAAGAGCAGAGGGUCCACCUGGAGAACAUGGGCUCCCACGACAUCGUCGACGGCAACCAUCGCCUCAUCCUCGGCCUCAUCUGGACCAUCAUCCUUCGCUUCCAGAUCCAGGACAUUGUUGUGGAAACGGGCCAGGCGGACCAGAAGGAGACGCGCUCAGCCAAGGACGCUCUUCUUCUGUGGUGUCAGAUGAAGACGAAGGAAUAUCCCAAUGUCAACAUCAGAAACUUCACCACCAGCUGGAAAGACGGCAUGGCCUUCAACGCUCUCAUACACAAACACCGGCCAGAUUUGGUGGACUUUAACAAACUGAAAAGGUCAAACCCGUCGCACAACCUCCAGAGCGCCUUCAACGUGGCAGAGCAGCAGCUUGGUGUGCACAAACUGUUGGACCCUGAAGAUGUGUUCACAGAGAACCCAGAUGAAAAGUCCAUCAUCACGUACGUCGUUGCAUUUUACCACUACUUCUCCAAGAUGAAGCAGCUCGCUGUCGAGGGAAAGAGAGUUGGAAAGGUCCUGGAUCACGCCAUCGAGACAGAGAAGACGAUUGAUAAAUACGAGACGCUGUCCUCAGACCUGCUGACGUGGAUCGAGCAGACCAUCAUCGUGCUGAACAACCGGAAACUCGCCAACUCUCUGACGGGAGUCCAGCAGCAGCUCCAGGCCUUCAACACCUACCGCACGGUGGAGAAGCCGCCCAAGUUCCAGGAGAAGGGGAACCUGGAGGUUCUGCUGUUCACCAUCCAGAGUCGAAUGAGAGCCAACAAACAGAGGGUGUACACGCCUAAAGAGGGAGCCCUGGUGGCUGAUAUCAACAGGGGCUGGGAGCGUCUGGAGGGGGCGGAGCACGAGCGGGAGCGCGUCCUGAGAGACGAGCUGAUCCGACAGGAGAAGCUGGAGCAGACGGCCAGGAGAUUCGACAGGAAGGCGGCCAUGAGGGAGACCUGGCUGCUGGAGAACCAGAGGCUGGUGGCUCAGGUAACACAUUCACAAACUACACUAUGGUAUCAUUUAAUCUUAUUAUAGGAUAUUUAUUAUGAG